CCAUUAUUCAUAAGGCUGGAACAGAAACUGUGAAAGAGGUGCGAACUCUAAUGACUUGUGAUUUAUAGAGAUUAACACCUACUUAAGUGUGUUCCCACAAGGCACUGUGUUAGUUGGAACUUGUGUUUUCAUGAUGGUCCUCCUUAAACUAGCUUCUCUUCUGACCCUGGUCAUCCUGUUUACACCGGAGAGAUCAUGUUCCGAUUUGGAUGAUUAUCCGGAUUUGGAAUCCCUGGUACCCCAACCCCUUCAAAGUGCAGAGAUCUUGAGCUCCGACGAUGAGGCAGACCAAGAAGACGAAGACCCCGAGUCGAAAAUGGAAGACCCCGUCCAAUUACCUUUCAUUGGCUUUGACCCGGCCGAUAUUCAGGGUGACAUCUUCCGAAGCCAUUCGGGUCGUCGAAAAUGCGGUCAGAAUUGGGGUGAUCUUGUGAUUGGCGAGACGGGCACCAUCGAAUCCCCCAAUUACCCGCAAAACUAUCCCUCCAACUUUUCGUGCGUGUGGAGGAUGCAUGCUCCUGAAUUAAGCAUCAUCGAGUUGACUUGUAGCCACGUGGAAACGGAAGAUUGCACCCCAUCCAAUCUGAAAGAUUACCUGCUCUUCAACCCCAACUCGCAAAAAGACGAGUUCUUUUUGAUCUGUGGGACCUAUCGGGAGAAAUUCACUGUGAAAUCUUUCACCAACCAGGCGUUACUUUACUUCCGCAGUUCCUCCGAAACCGAACAUGCUGGGUUCACGUGCCAAUGGCGAGUCAUCGAUCAGACCCAUAUGGACGAGGAACCUUACACCACGGAGGAUUUCGUGGAGACCACAACGAUUGCCCAGAUGGAUCGUGAGGACGAAUUGGCAAUUGGGUUUAAUGGAGAAGAGGGGUGUGGCAUUUCGCCGUUCCGUGGUUUCCAAGCCACACGAAUUGUCGGAGGGUCUGAGGCCGAACAGAACGAAUUUCCGUGGUUGGUUGGAAUAUCCUUCAACAAGAAAUGGUUCUGCGGAGGAACGUUGAUCAGCGAUCAAUGGAUUCUAACGGCCGCCCAUUGCACAAUCAGAGCUAACUCAUCCUACGUGUAUUUGGGGGCCCAUAAUUUAUAUGAGAAGGAAUCGGGGCGAGUCAUCAUGUUUUCCGAGGAAUUCUAUGAACAUCCCAAUUACAUCGACAAUGUCCUCACCAAUGAUGUGGCACUGAUCAAGCUCCCGAGAAAAGUGACCUACUCAGAAACCAUCUUGCCCGUUUGUCUGCCUCUUCGUAACAACGAGGAAACCCACCCGACUGUUGGUCAAAUCAUGGUGACGGCUGGAUGGGGAUUGGUGGAAGCACAAGGCAACAAUCGCAAAAUCAGCCGGACUCUCAACAAACUUCGACUUAAUGUGAUCUCGAAUCGUGAUUGCCGGAAAACCUACGGGAGCAAAGUCAAAGACACCAACAUAUGUGCCCAAAACUUUGGAAAUCGUGCCAGUACUUGUCAGGGUGACAGCGGCGGAGCUCUUCAAAACUCUUUCCGAGGUAGUCCCUGGAUUCAAUAUGGGAUCGUGAGCUUCGGUCCCGAUCGUGGUUGUGGCAGGAACCACCCCAAUGGUUUCAGUCGUGUGUCUGAGUAUCUGGAUUUCAUUGGUGCCCAUACUGGUCACACCUACCUUUAGGAGCAUUAUGACUUGGAUCAAUUUUCGAUCAUCAGCUUGGACUUUAAUCUUUGUUAUUCCACAUGUACGAAUAGCUAUUAGAUUCGUGUGAUUGUAUGAUUGUGUUGUUAUUAUUUGACCAUUUUCAAAGGCGCCAUGGUCAUCUAAUAAUACAAUGACUUGAAAUAAACUACAUUGCAUCAGUCA